AGAGAGAGAGAGAGGAGAGAGAAUGGAAAUGGAGGCUCUAGCGGUGUUUGGAGGAAGCCCAUGUGCUUUAUCAUCUUCCCUCCUCCGCUCACCAACAGCAGAUAGAAAUGGCUGCAGGUUAUCCUACACCUCCUCUCACAAGCUUAUCCUGCGCACCACCCACCACAACCACCUCUCCGCAUUCCAGACACAGUCCCAUCUUUUCUCGAAUUACCCAUCUCGUCCCCAUGCCCACAAGAAUACCCACAAAUCCCACAUCUUCCUUCCUCACUUGGUUGCUUCAACGGAAGAAGUGGAAGAGACAUACAUUAUGGUUAAGCCAGAUGGUGUUCAACGCGGCCUUGUUGGAGAGAUAAUUUCUAGGUUUGAGAAGAAGGGGUUUAAGUUAACAGGCUUGAAGCUCUUUCAAUGUCCCAAGGAAUUGGCAGAGGAGCAUUACAAAGACCUCAAGUCCAAAUCAUUCUUUACAAAACUGAUUGAUUACAUUACCUCUGGUCCUGUUGUGUGUAUGGCUUGGGAAGGCAUUGGUGUUGUUGCAUCAGCUCGUAAGCUUAUAGGAGCAACAAAUCCACUUCAGGCUGAACCGGGCACAAUCAGAGGAGAUCUUGCGGUUCAAACAGGAAGGAAUGUGGUUCAUGGGAGUGACAGCCCUGAGAAUGGCAAGCGUGAAAUAGCUCUCUGGUUCAAAGAAGAUGAAGUAUGCCAAUGGACACCAGCUCAAGCACCAUGGCUGAGAGAGUGAUGUUUAAUCGAUCGAUCACCUACUAGAGCCGUUAAGUUUUGGAGUUUUUUCCUUCCGAGCACAUAAAAAUCAUCGAUUAUUCAUUUGUAUGAUUCCAAGCAGUUUGCUAACCUUUCAAGAACUAGCGACUUUCCCACCUGUAAUUUCUUUGGAAAAACUGUUGGAUACUUUCUUAA